GCGGCACCAACGUCACAGCAUCAGCGGCGACGUAUGCGGACUAACCUUUCGGCAGCCAUUUGCAGGUCGCUCGGACAAGAGCUCCCCGCCAUCCAAAGUUCACAGCACCCUUCCCGUCCACCCUGUCAGCGAUUAUAAUACUUCGAUCUAGGAAACAACAACCAUGUCGUACACGUUCGGCUUGUGCUGCUGUGAGGCCUGCGAAGGCCGCUGCAAACGUCUACGUUCCAGGCUUCCCAGGUGCCUUGGUGGCGAAGAUCCGCCAGGAGGUCUAGAAGGACUGCAACUAUGUCCUCCACGACAAAAAACGACCGGACCGCAAGCUUCCUCGGUGUCCGGUGUCGUCACCCAAGCUCCGUCACCGUCGUUCGCUGUCACAGGAAGAGCUUCCGCUCCGUUGACUUGUGACGCCGGCGUCGCCACAGAUCCGACGACUGCCGAGGCGUCCACUCAGACGGGCACCCUCAAGACCGUGCGAUCUUCGGAUGGCACGCGCCCUAUAGGCGCCUCGUAUAAGUCGUCCGUCUGGUGUGAUGACUCGCUUUCCUACGAUCCUAACGCUAAGCUUUCGAUGGCGAGGUCUCUGGUCAGUGCGACGACUGGUCAGCCGCCCGGCGAGGAUGACAAGACGUCAGACGACGGGUCCAACGUGGAGAAGAUCUCUGCCGGCGUCGGAGACAAUCAUGAGCGAAAGCAGCAACAGCAGUAUCCCAGCACUUCUGAACUUGGAGAACAACCUGGAAACCCUUAGUGCGAUGCAGAGGAUAUCACAGACGCAGAUUCCUGAGAAGAACUUGGUCCUUUUGCCUUCGGACACAACUCUCUUCAUGCGCAUCGGACCAUUUUACGUGCAUGCUGUCGAAACGUUUUACCUGCUUUUAGAUCCCAAUAAAAUAUGCGCAGCUCUGUAACGCAA